AUGGCGGGGAUCAUGGAAGUUCGUCUCCAACUCGCUUGGCAAUUGUUGCUAUUUCUUGGACAAUGCAAAAGUGUUUCAACCGUCGUUGAUUUCACCUGUAUCACCAAGCCCCGUAUUGAUAUCGACAGUGAAGACACCUACAUCGCUGCCUAUGUACAUGGCGGUAACGCUGCGCUAACCUUCGCUCGAACAACCUACACGUACACAAGCUUCGGGCUACCUUUAGACCACCGUUUGGAACCACACUCGUCAUCAGAGGGAGAUGAGAUCUCUAUUCUUCGAUUGCCAGCGGCUGGAGGAAAGACAAGGAUUGGAGCCUUUGCCUGUAAUGCUAGGAUAGCAGGAAGUGGUAACAUCCGCAUAGGUACCGUCGUCAUGAGCAAAACCGCUGACUUCCUCCCUACCCGAGUGAGUCAGACGGUAAACUGGGGAGAUGCAGUCAAUCUGACCGUCACUGUAAUCAACCAAACCCGUACCAACAUUCGAUGGACAAAGGAUGGCAGAGGAGUCUUCCAUGACAAAAGCGACAGUCUGUACUUUGAGUUCUUCAAUGCCGAUGUUUCAGACACAGGGAUCUAUGAGGCUUUAGUUGCAGGAUACCGUAGCCUUGGAAACCAGGCACUCAUGCGAUUGAUUGUCAGAGGAUGCAAAAAGCGUCAAUGGAAGGCGCCAUUGUGUGACAGAGACUGUCCAGUUUGUUUCAAUGGCGGUGUGUGUGACGACUGGAGUGGAGACUGCAUUUGCCCGCCAGGAUUUAGUGGCGAUUUUUGCGAAACUCCUGAAGGCCCCAACCGUUUUGGCCAAUCGGGAAGUUUUGGCUGCGACUCACCUGAGUUAGGAGGCGGUCCCACGUGUGCUGGGAUGUUGUUCUGUUUACCAGAUCCUUAUGGCUGCUCGUGUGCUGCAGGGUACCAAGGAAUCGACUGCGAUGAAACAUGCGAUGAGGGUUUUUACGGAGCAGACUGUGCACAGACAUGUCACUGCAUGGACGGGGUCGUGUGCAACAAAACUACGGGCGAGUGUCGCGGGGACUGCGCGCCAGGAUUCACAGGCAUCAACUGCCAAGUUUGUGACGAUGACACAUAUGGACAAGACUGUCGCCUUUGUCACUGCAUGGACGGGGUCGCGUGCAACAGAACUACGGGCAAGUGUCCUGGGGAUUGCGCGCCAGGAUUCAUGGGCAUCAACUGCCAAGAUAAAUGCCUGCCGUUUAAUGGAAAUAUGGCGUCGUGUAACACAACCUGCACAGAAUUUCUAGACCACACCGAUGAGUCUUUCGCACCACAAAUGGUCUCAUCUUUCGGUUCCUUUGAUAAUGGAAUGACUCGGAAUUUCUUUUGGCAACCCUUGAACUGUCCAAACGGCACGGUGAUUGUGAAUUACGUGUUCAAGUUCGGGCCAGUUGAGAGUCAACAGGAACUUGAAGCAGUACGGACUGAAGGCGACUCAGUAUCUGUACACCUGCCAUUGUGUGGUACACUGUAUGAAUUUGAGGUAGCUGCUGAAACUACCAAAGGCAUCGGACCAUUCAGCUAUAAACAAAGGUUUAUGUAUAUUGGGGAAGUCCCAGAUGCCGUUGACAGACUGACCGUUCAGGGAACCAGUCACAAUGGAGUCACGCUGUUGUGGGAAUCACCUGGAACCAGCCAAGAGUACCCCUGCCCUGCAUCCGACUACUUGGUGACCUUUGACCUCAUAAACCUGGAGCAGUGUCUGGAGGUUCAUCAACAUGGCGGAUCGGUGACCACCACUAACACCAGCAUCACUCUACGAGGACUGAAGGCGUACUCUACUUACAAUGUGUCUAUUACACCACGAAAUCAGGCUGGAAACGGCACGGCAUCUUCAACUCAAAUUACAACUGGAGAAACAGUUCCGCAGAUUCCACCCGAAUUCAAAAGCAGUUCAGCAACGACUGAUAGCAUCACGUGGACAUGGAACCCCAUCCCUUGUGGAAGCAGAGGUGUCAACAUUACUGGCUACAGGACAUGUUUGAUUGGACCCGAUGGGCUACUUGGUAAAGGGGAUGAUUUAACCACGUCAGUGACAUACACAAUUUUAGAACCCUGUACAACUUACACUCUUGCUGUGCAGGCAUACACCAGUGAAGGAGGAGGACCAUCGGUCACUUUGCAUCAACAAACGGCCACUGCUGUUCCAGACGCUAUAUCAGAUAUAUCCAUCCACGCCAUUUCACGUGAACGAAACGAAUUCGACGUUUGUUGGACUUCCCCCGAAGGACCCUGCCCUGCGACAUCUUACAGUGUAACGUAUGAGCUUAUCAAGAUGGACCGAUGCAUGCAGCAGAAUCCACCAAUCAUAACAGAUGUAGGAACGGUCGACACCACUCACGUUGCGAUCCACCUACCUGCGUAUUACUCCAAGUACAGAGUGAAUGUCACGCCAGUCAAUGAAGCUGGACAUGGUGAAGAAAAUUCCAUGUAUAUAUAUACAAACGAAAAGAUACCAACGGCAGCACCGGUUAUCCGAAGUACAGCAUCCAAUGACAGCAUCACGUUCUCCUGGGAUCCCAUCCCUUGUGGCAGUAGACGUGGCAAUGUCACGCACUACGAGUACGCAUUCAGAGGGCUGGGACCACAAGAAGACUCCACACCUAGCAAGAAGGGAUAUGUCUCAGAGCUGUCUGUUACCUUCCGUGAUUUAUCACAGUGCACCACUUACUCAAUCAGAGUUCGCGCAUAUACUCGCAUAGGAGCUGGUCCGUGGACAAACUGGACACAGCAAGAUACAGUCGUGAUAGAUGAAAUCCUAUCACUCAAUCUUCAACCCGCAACCAAUGAAAUCAAGGCUUCUUGGACAACUGCUGGGAACGAGGACAACCCUUGCCCUGUGACCUCGUACCGCGUGAGUUACCAACUUCUCAACUUGGAGCAGUGCCAACCACAGACCGAUCCUUCGCUGACAAAUGUGGGAGUUGUAAAUGGCAAUGACAUCAGCAUCACAUCAAUGCAUGCGUACUCUACGUACAGUGUGCAAGUCGUACCAGCAAAUAAUGAUGGCGCAAAUUACUUGAAGAGCAAGACAGUAACGACUGAUGAGGGAGUGCCGUUGGCUGCUCCCGAAUUCAACGACUUUCUCCCAUCCAGUCAGAGCGUUCGAGUGUCUUGGUAUCCGAUUCCAUGCGGCAAAAGAGGUGGUGACGUCACAGGCUACGCGUACGAGCUCCGUGACGCAUCUGGGUCCAUGAUACAAACAGACGACACCACGGCAGAGUUUGUUGAAGUCGAUGGUCUGUCACAGGGGGCGUCCUACUCCUUCAGGCUGUGGGCGUUCACCCGUGUAGGCCCAGGACCCUGGAAGGAGGUCGACUUUGAGAUUCCUACUGUGUACCCAGGGAAUCGCGAAACAUCUGGAAGUACUGGUGUAUCUAAUCCAGCCUUCGUCGGAGUAGGAAUCGUCAUUGGCAUCAUAUUUACUGUGACUGCUGCCUUGCUGGUAACGUGUGCCCGACACUUUCGAAGACGCUGUCUGCAGUACAAGAGGCCGGAUAGUAGCACCUCGCCCAACACACAUGCAACUGAUGACACCGACGCGAUAUACUUCAACAUCAACGACGAUAUCCAAUUGAAGAAGACAAUGACAUCAGCAACACCAAACCGUGAAUCAGCUACUGGGGCAUCCACUGUGCCGUCCGGAAAAUCAACAACACGUGUGUCAGCACCUCACGCAUAUACUAAACGUUCAACAAAGAAGGCAACAAAAAAUCCACAUACACCUGCCCCUGAUGACUCCGAUGCGAUAUACUUUGACAUCAAGGACGAUAUCGAAUUGAAGAAGAUAUCAGCAACACCAACAAGCUGUGGAUCACCUACUGGGGCAUCCACUGUUCCGUCCGGGAAAUCAACAACACGUGCGUCAGCACCUCGAGUAUCCACUAAACGAUCAACUACCAAGGCAACCAAAAAGCCUAAGAUGGCGGCCGUUCACGGGGUGCGCACCACUACGAAAACACAGUCAUUCCGUAGGUCUGCACUGAGUUUGGACACAAAAUGAAUUACAGAAAAAAAAGGAAAUUCUACUAUGUAAAGUAUAAUAA